UCCAAAAAUGCAAGCUUCACGAAUCUUAAGCACAACACUACGCAAGAAAAGCUCGUCUUUCCUGUCCUCUCUAUCCGGCUAUUCUCACAGUGACAGUCACCGCAUUCCAGCACAGCACCGCUCGAUCGUCUCCACGUCGCAGCUAGACUACUCAUGGAUGGACAAGUUCAAGGGUGCCUUCACCGGCAACAAGACCUCCCCAGAUGGAACCCUGCCCAGCUCCGAAUCAUUCACUUUGCUCCGAUUUGCGGAUGAGAUGAAGAAUGCUAGAAGAGUCGGGGCAUUCAAGCAAUACAUUGUUGGGAGAAGCAGUGAGGCGACUUUUGCCGAUGCAUUUGAGAAGCAGGAGUCAAUAAUACGUUAUCUCGGACAAUUUGAUACUACUGGAGAGAAUCUUCAAAUUACUCAAAAACAAGAAGCAGCAAAGCACUGUAAAUGCACAAUAUCUGAUGUAGAGAAUGCACUUGCAAAGUUCACUUGGGCCAGAGACGCAAACAAGAAGAUGGAACAGUUGAAAGCAGAAGGGAAACCACUGCCAACAAGCAUUGGCGAGGUGCAAAAGUUGAUGGGUUCAACCCCAUUUGACCGUGCUCAGUCUAAUUUGGCUAACAGUGGGCAAAUUAGUAGGAAUGCACUUUGUCCCUGUGGUUCCAAGAAGAGAUACAAGCGGUGCUGUGGAAAGGAUAAGUGAGAAGGAAAAUCUUACUGCGGCCCAGAGACACCUCAAGCUCGAAGAUAGAAUUUCAGGUUUUUGAGCCUAUGUUCUUUUAGCAAGUUCAACUUGCUGAGACCAUAUGUAAUAACAUUGUUUCAUACAAUAAAUUGCUGUCAAAUUUAGGUUGCAGAA